CUAGAUUGCAUAUGCCUUCUUCAGCAAAGGCAGGCAAGUCUCCAACGAAAAGUCGAUUGCAGACAAAGUUUUAGGUUAAUGCAUGAAUGACCUUUUGGAAAGGUUUUCGCUAUGAGUUGUCUGAUCGAAGUCGGUCUCUAUAUAACCAAUGAAGAUUUACCCGCAGACUACACCACUAAAUCUCAUAACUCUUUCAAUACGAAGUUUUCCAUCUCAAUCGAUUCGUCAAACUUAACACACAUGAGACUCCAAUCCAGUGCUUCUUUCAACAUAUAAAGUAAUCCGGAUACCCAGAACGACGAUUCGAGCAUCUUACUCGAAACCGUAGCGCAUGAAGUUAUUAAAAUCCUCUCGCCUUUGCUCAGGGUCGAUGUUAAUGUGUAAACUCUUGACCGCGCUCUCUACUGGCCUCGUAACAUCUUCUUUGGCACGAUGCACGAUCGAUCUACCGACCGGUCUUCUAUACUCGUUCCCAAUUCAGGCCGCUCUUCUGAUCUAUAAACUACCAGUCGUUGUCACCGACCAAGCUACGACGAAUACGGUAUGUUUACCAACAUCGACGGAUGAUCAAUUUGAGAUCGAUGACACUCAAGAAGACAUUCUCAAAAAGGUUUUUGGAACCGAUUCGAAUGCCUCAGAUAACAAACAUAUGCUUCAGUCUAUAUCCCCAAGUCAAGCUUUCUCAGCUUGGCAACCAACAGAGGAUGAAUCUUUACAAGUCUCUUCUGAGAUUAUGUCAGAUGAGAUAAUUGAUCCUGAUCCUGUGAUUGAUCGAGAAGUUAACACUCGACAAUCUAACAUUCCGAUCAAGUCAAAAUCACGAAAUCAAUCAAAAGCUCAUAUCUCAACUACGUUGAAAAAGCUUCCUUGGCUCAAAGAUUAUAUCUUUCCUUACCGGUUGAUCGCGAGGUGUUUGCGUUUAGUCGGUGAAAUGGUUAAAUUCGUAUUCAUGACCGGUUGGAGACUGGCGAGUGGAUGCGGAAUGAUUCUAGUGCAAAUCCUGCAAUUCUUGUGGGAGGAUAUCAUCUUCCCGCUGUUGUUGCCGUUUCGCCUGCUAUUCUACAUUUUCAUAAGGCUCCCCACCAUCAUUGCGACUCGUAUCUACCUAGCUCUCAAGCCACUAUUGGUCUUUCUGGCAUCCGGCGUGACCCUAGGUGUCCUCAUGGGGCUUCUUGGAGCGAUGACACAUGGAAUCUUAGGGGAUUGGAUCCUAUCACAUCACAAAUCUCGCACUGUUACAAUCCCCGGUUUGGUGUCACAUUCAGAUCUUCGUCAACCACAGGCACCCUCCCGGUUUGAACGUGAUCUCAUUACAGAUGAUAAGGAUAUCCAUCCACCGGAAGCUAAGAAGUCUUACAGUGGCCUAUGGGAAGGAAAUGUGUCACUUGAAGACAAUCGAGGUACCACUACUGCUACUAAGCUCGGUAUGGGUGUGACUAGACAUCGCGUGCCUACCAGUGGUUCUAGACAAGACGAUUCAUCAAAUCCUCGUAAAGGCGAUGGAACUUAUUCCAAAGCAAGUAGUCUUGAACAACCUAUCGUUCGAACAAGAGACAGAUCACUUUCUGGUUCUUCUAAUACUUCUAAAACUUCAUCAAUCAUGAAAGGUAGUCGCAAAAAGGGUUCAAGUUAUCAUCCACCAUCAGAAUCUUCAGUUAGUGGAACUAGUAGUAAAGGAAAGAAAAAGAAAGUCACAUUUAAAAAUGAUUAAAACGUUUUUUUGUUGUAGUUUUUGUAGUUUUUUUUUUGUCAAAGAGAAAUAAAUUGAACUGAUUAUUGAUAGGCUCAUUUUUUUUUAUUUUUUGUUGUUCCUUAUCAUAUAAUUAUCUUAAUCUAUUUAUCUGUCUGUCUUAAUGUAUGAUGUGAAUCUGUAGUAUGGUGCUGUGAAUUAUGUGAAUGUCGCUGAAAUGUUAAGACCCAAAUCAAGGCUUAAAAUCAGCUCUGUCACU